CUGUAGGAGAGGAAAGAAAACCACAUCUACAUCUCUGAGCUUGUAGGGCAGUGAGAAGAAGAGAAGGAGCUCUGCUGCUAUCAGGGAAUUUCUCUACUGCACAUUGAGACUACACAUUUGGGACAUUUCACAGCACAGCAGGGGGACGAGACAUUACUGAAGCCAGCCUGCAGGAUGAUAGCUGCCCAGCUCCUGGCCUAUUACUUCACAGAGCUCAAAGAUGAUCAGGUCAAAAAGAUUGACAAGUACCUGUAUGCAAUGCGACUUUCAGAUGAAACAUUAUUGGAUAUUGUGUACCGGUUCAAAAAAGAGAUGGAAGAUGGUCUCUCAAGGGACACAAACCCAACAGCAAUUGUCAAGAUGCUUCCCACAUUUGUGAGAUCCAUUCCUGAUGGAUCAGAAAAGGGAGACUUCAUUGCACUGGAUCUUGGUGGAUCGCAUUUCCGUAUUCUGCGGGUCAAGGUUUCGCAUGAAAAGAAACAGACGGUUCAGAUGGAAAGUGAGAUAUAUGACACACCCGAGGACAUAAUUCAUGGCACUGGAACACGGCUUUUUGAUCAUGUUGCAGAAUGUCUUGGAGAUUUCAUGGAGAAGAAACAGAUCAAAGACAAGAAACUGCCAGUUGGAUUCACCUUCUCCUUCCCAUGCAGUCAGACCAAAUUAGAUGAGGGUGUUCUGCUCACAUGGACCAAGAGAUUCAAGGCUAGUGGAGUUGAGGGGAUGGAUGUGGUCAAACUACUUAACAAGGCCAUCAAGAAACGAGGGGACUAUGAUGCAGACAUCAUGGCUGUUGUAAAUGACACUGUGGGGACUAUGAUGACUUGUGGGUUUGAUGAUCAGCGCUGUGAAGUUGGCAUAAUCAUUGGUACUGGAACUAAUGCCUGCUACAUGGAGGAGCUGAGACACAUUGAUUUAGUGGAAGGAGACGAGGGGAGAAUGUGCAUUAACACUGAAUGGGGAGCUUUUGGGGAUGAUGGAUCUCUGGAAGAUAUUAGGACUGAAUUUGAUAGAGAGAUUGACAGAGGUUCCCUAAACCCAGGAAAACAGCUGUUUGAAAAGAUGGUCAGUGGAAUGUACAUUGGAGAGCUUGUCCGACUUAUCUUGGUAAAAAUGGCCAAAGAAGGGCUACUGUUUGAAGGAAGAAUCACUCCAGAGCUGCUAACAAGAGGGAAAUUUGAAACUAAACAUGUAUCUGCCAUAGAGAAGAACAAAGAAGGUUUAAGUAAAGCCAAAGACAUAUUGACCAGAUUGGGGGUGGAACCCUCCCAUGAAGAUUGUAUAGCUGUCCAGCAUGUCUGCACAAUUGUGUCCUUCCGCUCUGCUAACCUGAUAGCUGCUACACUUGGUGGUAUCCUAGUCCGCCUUCGGGACAAUAAAGGCGUUCCCAGACUGCGCACCACAGUAGGCAUUGAUGGAUCUUUGUACAAGAUGCAUCCACAAUAUGCCAGACGCUUACAUAAGACAGUGAGACGAUUGGUCCCGGAGUCAGAUGUACGAUUUCUGUUGUCUGAGAGUGGCAGUGGUAAGGGAGCUGCUAUGGUGACAGCAGUGGCCUACCGGUUGGCUGAACAGAGGAGGCAGAUCGAUGAGACACUUGAAGAGUUCAGCCUCACUCAUGAACAAUUGUUAGAAGUAAAGAGAAGGAUGCGGAUCGAGAUGGAGAAUGGACUGAAGAAGAAGACUCAUGAGAUUGCAAAAGUUAAAAUGUUGCCAACAUUUGUUCGCAGUACACCAGAUGGCACUGAAAAUGGUGAUUUUCUGGCUCUAGACCUUGGAGGGACAAACUUCCGAGUUCUACUUGUCAAGAUCCGCAGUGGAAAAAGAAGAAUGGUGGAAAUGCAUAAUAAAAUCUAUGCUAUUCCUACAGAUGUCAUGCAAGGGACUGGGGAUGAGCUAUUUGACCACAUUGUUCACUGCAUCUCUGAUUUCCUGGAUUACAUGGGAAUUAAAGGGGCACGACUUCCUCUGGGUUUCACCUUUUCCUUCCCCUGCAAGCAAACCAGUUUGGAUGCUGGUAUCCUGCUAACAUGGACCAAGGGCUUUAAAGCAACUGAUUGUGAAGGUGAAGAUGUGGUUAAUUUGCUAAGGGAAGGAAUCAAGAGGAGAGAGGAAUUUGACCUUGAUGUAGUUGCCAUAGUAAACGACACUGUUGGGACAAUGAUGACUUGUGCAUAUGAAGAUCCAAAUUGUGAAAUCGGUCUCAUUGUGGGUACCGGCAGUAAUGCAUGUUACAUGGAAGAGACAAAGAACAUAGAAAUGGUAGAUGGAGAUGAAGGCAGAAUGUGUGUCAACAUGGAAUGGGGAGCAUUCGGUGACAAUGGAUGUCUGGAUGAUAUCCGAACACAAUAUGACAAAGCUGUUGAUGAACUGUCUUUAAAUUCAGGAAAACAAAGAUAUGAGAAAAUGAUAAGUGGAAUGUACUUGGGAGAAAUUGUAAGAAACAUUCUAAUUGACUUUACAAAGCGAGGAUUCCUGUUCCGUGGGCAGAUUUCCGAGGCACUGAAAACUAGGGGUAUCUUUGAAACCAAAUUUCUUUCACAGAUUGAGAGUGAUAGGUUAGCAUUGCUACAAGUACGAGCCAUCCUUCAGCAGCUGGGUCUGAAUAGCACCUGUGAUGACAGUAUAAUAGUCAAAGAAGUCUGUGGCGUUGUAUCCAGAAGAGCAGCCCAGCUGUGUGGUGCUGGAAUGGCAGCUGUUGUGGAUAAGAUACGGGAAAACAGAGGCCUAGACCAUUUGGAGGUCACAGUCGGCGUUGAUGGAACUCUGUACAAAUUACAUCCACACUUCUCCAGAAUAAUGCACCAGACUGUAAAUGAACUUGCUCCAAAGUGUAACGUGUCCUUCCUUCUCUCAGAAGAUGGUAGCGGGAAGGGGGCAGCACUGAUCACCGCCGUUGGAUGUAGACUCCGUGAAGCUGAACACAAUUAAACAUUCAGUCAUCUUUCUUGUGUUUUCCUGCCUUUCCAGCACUUUCAUUUCAAGCAGUAACUGUAAAAAAAAAAGCUGGAAUUUAACCACAGGGAAAUAGGAGACCACCAUAGGAAGAGUAUUAUCUCUAGCAUUGGCUGUUAAUGGACUUCACCUGCCUAUCUCCCUAACUAACAUCACUUAUAUUUAGGCCAUUUAUGUCUGUUCAUAAUUUAUUCUAUUAUUUUAUAUUUUAUUUAUAUUUAGAUAUUUGUUCUUUUCCGCUUCAUUAUCUUUACAAAUAAGUUUCGAAACUGGGUCCCACCAGCCAUACAUGAAAGCAAUUCUGCAAUCCAUUAGGGGCUUUUUCUAAUUUAAUUUUUCUGUUCUACAUUUUACAAAUGGUGGCAUUAUACACAUAGAUGUAGUCCUGGGCACUAAGGGCAGUCAGUUUCCGCAGUGUUAGAGUUAAUAGAAUAUACCCAACAGCAAAGAACAGACAAGGUAUAUCUGGUGCCAGUGACAUUUCCCAUUGCUUGUAUGAAUAGUGUUGUGUUUCUAGUAUGUAUCAAUUCCACAUGUAUCUUCUGUUCAAAAUGCCAGGCAAGUUCAACCUAUACCUGUUCAUGGGCAUAGCAUACCCCCAAAAUAAGAACAAGACAGGUUGUACAUGUUUUUUUUAUCAAAUUUUGUUGCACUGUGAUUGGAUGUGUUAAGAAAGGUGUGAAUUUCAGUUUUUAACUUCUGUGUAAACAAAUGCCUGGCAGAUUACGUUUAGGUCAGAGAACCAUAUUAUGUCACAUUAGAGUCACUAAUGUUAUUUAUCCACUUAAUAAAGUUUUCCAAUGUG